UUGGUAGCCUACAGUUUAAGAAAUAACAAACAAGACUUGCUUAAAGCUAGUUGUUACUUGUUAAACAAUAAUGAUGAGUGAAAAACAAAGAAUUAGAAACAAUAAAUAACAAAAAAAGAAGAGAAAUGGCAAAAAGACAGCUGCAAGCAACAAAAUGAGUGAAAAAAUCAAAACAGUUACAAUACAACAAAACUAAUCUAUAUAGGCCUAAAGCGUUACAAUGAAUAUCAAUAAUAAAUUUGAUUUGAUCGGUAUCUAUUACUAUUAUUAUUCGAAAAAGCGCCGAUGAAAAGAGAAGAGCCGCUAACUUCACUUCACGACGAUGACAAGGCCCAAAAGAAAAUCUCAUGAAAUGAUAACCCUUCAGAGGAAACGCAAGAGAAAACAACUGAAGGAGGAGGCAAAUACAAAGAACGGAAGAGAAUUGGGGGUCAAUCAAUAUGAUGAGAUUGGAGAAUCAAGUUCAACAAUUUACAAUAAACUAAUCAAUAAUUCAGAGGAUAAUAUGUAUGAACAAGUAAAAAGACUAACAAAUGUUAGUAAACAAACUGAACGUGUCAGAAGAUACAGACAAAACAUGUCAGAAGAGAAGAAAGAAGAAUUGAGAGCUACUGCUCGAAGAAAACUUGCUCUAAAAAGAGCAAAUAUGUCUGAGGAAGAGAAGGCAACAAUCCGAGCUGAAAACAGAUUACGGAAUUCUCUGAAAAGGUAUGAACAAAUACAAAGAUUAACAGUUGCUAAAAGACACACUGAAUAUGUAAGAAGAUAUAGACAAAACUUGUCAGAAGAAAAGAAAGAAGAAUUGAGAGCUAUUGCUCGAAGGAAAAUUGCAUUAAAGAGAAAAAGUAUGUCGGAAGAAAAGAAGGCAGCAAUGCGAGAAGAAAAUAGAUUACGAAAAUCUCUGAAAAGAAAAAACAUGUCUGAGGAAGAAAAAGCAGCUGAGAGAGAGUAUCAUAGGCAGAGAAUGGCAAUGAAAAGAGAGAACAUGACUGAGGAGGAAAAACAGGCAUUUCGAGAAGACCAGCGGAAGAGAAUGGCCCUCAAGAGGCAAAAUAUGUCUGAGGAAGAGAAGCUUUUAAGGAGGGAAAUUGAUCGCCAUAGAAUGGCCAUGAAAAGGAAGGUGUUUAAAGAUGAGACAGAAGGCUUCCAGACUUCAGUGGUGAGAUUUACACGUGAGAGGCAGGGAUUCCCUCCUAAAUCAGUGGACUUGGAAGAUUCUUCUGAUGACAAUGGGACGAGUGAAGACAUUCAAAGGUUUCUUGCCAUAACAUUGAAAACUGAACUACAUAGUGCCAACAGUACUUCCUCCUAAGUCAUGGAUUUCGUUUGUUAUUUCGAUGGUUCGUCUCACGUAUGAGUAAGAUGAUUUAUAGUUUUAUAUUAGCUUUGUUUACAAAAGGCAUCUAAUGUGUUUUAAGUUACCUGAGAUAACCAGUCUGCUUGCUGGCCUUGUUUAAACACGGCUUCAGGAUCAAAUGUUUUGAAAUAUACAGUAUUAUAAACUGUACGCUAUGUAAUAUUGUUGAUGGUCACUAAGUUACAUAAUAUUGUAUUAAAUUAUCCGUUAUAGAUUUAGCAUUUAAGCUGGAGAAAAUUGUUCAAGGGUUUUCUGUCUGGUGCGUGGGGAGAGUUGAUGUUUGCUACUUAUUUUCUGUUUAACCAACUUAAAAACAAUUUUUGUAAGUUAUUUAUUAUGCUCGGGUAGUAGACCUAUAAUUUGAGAACUAAGCUCACAACGUAAAAUAUACCUUUAAACUAGAGAAAAUAAUUGAGUCAACCUCAGUGUGCUGUUGUGAAACACAAUAAUUUAUAUUGCAGAUUAUACAACUGGGUAAGAAGUAUACGUAACAUCUAAAACCAAUGCUGGAUUUACAAUGGUAAUAUCCAAUAUCAGUAUUUUCUCAAACACUUUAAACAUUGAUCUUAAACUAUAGUAGCCUGUUUUAAACUAAACUUGUUAACGAAGACCCUCAAAAUUAUGCUAACGCUAAAUUACCUUUCGGUUUAUUUACUUACUGCCAUGGCAUCUUGUACCCAAGCUGGUACUUGCCUCGCCAACACGUCGCCAGUUCUCUCGGUCCUCCGAAUCUUCCUCUAUUAGUCUCAUUUUUUUCAAUAUUUUUUCCGGACUUGAUCCCACCUUUGGACACCUGGCCUUUGGUCUUCCUACUGGUCUCAUUCCCCUCGGAUCUCCCCUUAGGGUACUAAGGGUACCUCAAGAUAUGGCCGACCCACCUAAGCCUUCUGCUUUCGGCCUCUCCUACAAUAUCAGGCUCUCAAAAUGAUUCUCUGAACUCUUUUCGGCUUAUACCUACAAGAAAAGAUCUAUGAAAAAUCCCAGCAAUUUAAAUUACACGAUUUUGGAGUAAUUGAUGCAAGCACACAGUAAGAACAAUAAAUAUAAUUAAAGGCAUCUAUUGACGCCUUAUAUGUCGCCUAUCCAUUGUAGAUGUUUUCUGAACCGAUCGUGUCCAGUAAUCAGUUCCACUGUUGGUCUAAUUCUUCGCCUAUCCAGCCCUAGAAUGCCCGUUUUGAAUGUGUGCAAAGACCUUAGAAGGGGCUGCUUCAGCCAUGACAAGGGAGACGCCUCAGAAAGGUGGCAGACCCAACAAAGAUGCUGCCGAAGCAAAAUUGCCUGUCUGUUAGCAUCUUCAGUAACUUCAAUUCCUGAAUGUCCAGCCACUCAAAGAAGCAAAUCAUUCCUCCAACCCAAUACUGACAUGGAGGCAAGACAUUCCCACACGAGUGAGUUAAAUUCAUUUGAGUUUGAGAGCUGUCAAAGUUGCACUUUUAGUGUAAAUACAAAUUCUGUUGUCUCUGAUCUCCUUACUGAGAUUUUCUGGAGCACAAACCAAAAUAGCAGUGUCUUCCUCUUGGAUAACUAUUGGGUGCACUCCCAUAGGAUGCCAGCUCCUUCAGGUUUACAACCACGCCUGCACCAGGACCCCCUAAUCUUACCAGUCCCAUCAGUAAAAGCAUCCUACACCACUUAUGGGGAUGAGCCUCUUUCCACCAAGCCAUUCUUCCCUAGUUGGUAUGUAUACUUAAAAUGUUUUGCCAUAGAAGUAUUUUUUGAUAAUUAAAUAAAUUAAAUAGAAUACUCAGCAAACACAAAACCCCAAUUUUAUUCUUGAUGUGUUUUG